AUGUGGGUUCGAUUCGAGUUUUCUAUCACUUUCUCAUUGUCAAGCAUGGCUUUGUGGGCGCGCUCACCGCUCACGUUGCUUGUUUUUGCGCGUGGCUCAUCCAGUGUGGUCCGAGCUUGUUUGGUAGUUGACGUGGAGACAUCCUGUGGGCAAGUGAUCAUGGGGCGCUUUGCUGCCCGACCACAUGUAGCUCGCAUGCUUGCUGCAGGGUUGCCCCGGGCAUUCAUUGCAAUUCUCUUUGCUUUGGCGUAUAUGCCCGUUGUUGCACCUAAUAUUGGAGAUAUAGACGCUGCUGAAAUCUUCGCCGGGAAAAUGGAGAUUGUCAAGGCUGCAGCGCGAGAAGGUUACUUGUCAAGAGGUCUCGGUCUUGACUACAGUGAUGCCUUCGAUUUGACAAGCUCUGCAGGAUUUUUGCUUGCUGUGAUCUGUGUGCGGCGGGUCCGCUGCGGUGGACUUUGCACCUUCGCUCCUGUCUGUUCUUCCUUUGCUUUUAUCAACCAGUGGACAUCGGGUCGCAAUGUAUUGCUGCCAGAGGGUUUACCUACUCCUGGUGUUGUGGUUGGGAAUUUAUUGGCCUUCAGGACUCUACUGUUGUGGCGCUUCGCUGACGCUCUAGGUAUCUUCACACUGUUGGAGCAACCUGUUCACAACUCAACUGGAGGAAUGCAGGCGCUGCCAAAAUUUCAAGAGCUUUUGCGUGAACUGACGGUCUACCGCGUAAAGGUGCUCAUGGCUUGGUUCGGCGCGGAGACAACCAAGCCAACCUGGCUGUAUGUGAACCAUCGUGCUUUUGCAGCUCUUCUUCGUUACAAGCAACCGAAGCCGCGCCCAAUCAAGAAGGCUGAAAAACAAUUGGUGAAAACCUCUGUAGUCAAUGGGAAGAAGCGAUUGACUGGAAUCAAGAACGCGCUUCAGUCCACGCAGGAAUACACCCCUUUGUUUGCGGAAGCCGUCAUCAAGUCCUGGAGGGAAGGAUGCCAAGCCGCCCAAACUGAUAGAUUUCCACAAUGUCGGGGCUGCGCUGUGCAUCGAGAGGAAAACAUCCGAUUGCUUUUUGCAGCCCCAUUGCAAUUUGGAAGCGACGAGGCAAGGCUGAACGACGUGCUUCGAUACCUUGGCACCUGUUCGCUUUUGAAACUAUCUCGCUCCUGGCCAGCUGAUUGA